CCAUAGAGAUAAUAAAAAUGGCUGCCGAUAUUGAGGCAGUGGAACAUCUGCCUGAUUAUCCGGGCUCUGUGACCGUCAAGCGACUAGAGGGAAGUUUGGUUGCGAAGAGAUCCAAUAAAAGUGUUCCUGAUCAUUUGGUAGACACAAAAAUCUAUUCUAAGGUGAAACGGAAUGGAAUAUUGCAAUGCAAACCAGCCGUCAUACAUUUUGAUGGCUACAGAGUUGGAGAUGUCCAUCAGCAAACUCUUCGAAUCAUCAAUGCUUCUAAGGAUAACCAACAGAUGCACAUCAUUCCACCAACUACUCCGUACUUCAGCAUCAAGUACCAUAAACAGAGGAAUAACCUGGUCCCUGGCCUGAGCCUCGAUGUAACAGUGGUGUUCAAACCAACCAAAUGGCAAUACUAUUACGACUGUGUUCGUGUGCACUGCAAGGGCGAUCAAAACCUUCUAAUCCCGAUUCAUGCAUACCCCGUGAUGAACUCAGCUCAGUUCCCUCAGAGCGUUACAUUCCCACCCACUCCACUGGGACAGUCAAAAACAAAAACACUCUCACUGAAAUGCGAUGUACCCAUCGAUUUCGAAUUUGAGCUCUCCUGUUUAAAAAGCCACCCAGCAUUCACUGUGUCUCCAAUGAAAGGAAUUGUGUCUGCUAACAGUGAGACUGCUGUUCAAGUAACCUUCUCUCCAACUGAUUUCAGUACUGCCUGCAUGAAGAUGCAGCUUGAGCUCUCCCAAUUCAACUCAAGCCCUCUAGUCUGUACAUUCACUGGCAACUCAACACCUGGACUAGCAGUUGACAAGUUAAAGGCUGAUACAGGUUCUCUGAGGAUAAGGCAUCAGCCUAGACGCUUACCAACACUACCAACUGGCAAGAAACAAUCAAAAUCCAGCAAAGUUAAACCCAAACCAGAGAAGGAAGAGCUUGUCUAUGAUGGAAUUCAUAUACCGGCCAAUAUCGAUACUCCCUACGCUGUUAGCAAAGUCCUCUUACAAAAACCUGGCAAGAUGAAAGCCAACACACUAAAACAAGUGAUGUCUAGCGGUGAUCAAGGUGGUCUGGUGGCAACCAGGCAAGUGAAGGAGGCUGCUUUCAUUCGAAGAGUUCGUGAGAUUUCAAUGGAGGAGAGAGCUAAUCAGCUCAGAUGGGUGACUCAACUUGGAAGUGUUCUCAUGUCAGACAAAGAAAGAGAACAAGUUUUACAAACAAGAGCUGAAGAAACCAAGUCCUACAAGAUGCUGCGACAUGUUGCCCUCCCUGAGCAGGAGUCCCAGAGGGCAGUCACUGAGACCAGCUACAGGCGCACCAGGAGACCAGUCAAUCAGACCCCAGCCUCAGAGCCCAAGUUUGACACAUACUCCAAUGACCUAUGGACGAAACGACACAUUGCUCUGAGCAGAUUUGUGCAGGCUGCCAGGAAGGUGGUGAUUCGACUGAGGUGUCAGGCCCGACUGGAGAGACUGAAGCGACUGGCCAGUGAUAUUCAGUCAGGAAGAAGCAUUCAGGAAUCACUAGCUAACCUAAACAAGGACCCUUACCUAAUCUCUAUAGCACCUCUUCUUCCUCACUCACUGGACAACCUCUCCUUGUCUCUGCUGCCAGUCUACAAGGAGACUAGUGUCAGUGCUCUGGUCAAUGCCGGCAGUGAUGGCGAUAGUAGCCAGUUAGCAGAGAGCAAGGAGUCUUGUGUGCAUAAAGAUGUGCCCUUUGUUGAUCUAAAGGUCCCUGAGCAGUGGCAGUUAUCGAGGUAUCUCCCUCAGCCAGUCCCAGCGUAUGGAUCUUACACUCAUCCUGACCUACCCAGACCACUACGCUCUGGGGCACAGGACGAGUUAUCUAGUCUGGGGCACAUCCCAGGAGUGGAUCCCUCCUUCCUGUCCCCCCUGACCCACCCCUCGACCACACCCACCACCAUAGAGCCACCUGUGGCAGAGGAGGAUGAUGGGUGUGUACAGGAUAUAGAGACUACUGCUAUAGGGUCACUGGAAGUGCUGUCACUGACCCCACCACCAUCACUGUUUAGGAGUGAACCCGUUCAUCCACUGCAACUACUGAAUCCUUGUCCUGGAGUGGCCACCUAUCUACCAGUGAUAGACAACUCAGCUAUCACGUUUGAUCAUGUUCUGAAACCAUUGCCUGCUUUCCCCACUGCCAAGUACCCUCAAGUUAGACUGGACAAAAUGGAUGUGAUACCUGAGGUUAUGCAAUGGAAGAGGUUCCCUAACCAAUACCUUGUCUCCACCGAGGGUCAGAGGAAGCUGGCCACCCACUGGAAGCCACAGUGGAAUGAUCCUCUCAAGACAGACCUACUACCAGCACAAGCAAACGCUGCCUCUGAGCUACAACUCAUGACUGGACCACAGCCCGACGAUUUCGUGGAUAACGAAAGUGACUCUGUUUUACCUGUUCCUACUAUGGACAUGGUGCGCGCUCAGUUCCACCUCCCUCCCCCGGAGGACCAACCUCGUGACCCCAGGCUGAGGGCUAUGGCCGAGCUGGAGGAGGAGAGACUAGAAAAGUUUGAUCAACUUGGACAAAAAAUUAGACAGAAAUUAAACACAUUUCAAGACUUAAUAGAUGUCUCUAAAUAUUUAUAGCUCAUAAUUAAUUUGUGAUGUUCCAUUAUUUUCA